AUGUCUAUGCUUCAUAACAAUGAAGGUAAUAAUGAAUACGGAGAGGAUGAAUUAAAUGCAUUGAAUGAUAUGAAACAAGUGAGUUCAGAGGAAUAUGGGAAAGUAAUUCGCUUAUGUAUUCCCGACGAAGCGGCACUCGAGAAGAGUUCACUAAAGCUUAUUCAAGCUCUAACCUUAUUUUAUUUCUAUCGACUGGUAGCUCCUGACGAUUGUCAUGGAUUAAGUGGAUCAGACGGCCAACUUACUUUGGGAGUCAUUAUCAAGCAUGCAAUGACCAUAGGAUUAAAUCGUGAUCCAUCUAAAUUCUUCUCAACCCUGAUUCGGAAAAAGAGUCAAUUAAUGUCUACUUGGAGAAACCUUUGGCAUUAUAUUAUAACCACAGAUGCCUUGACAGCUAUGCAUUGCGGGACGAUGCUAAAUAUUAAAAGUUUGGAUAUUUCAGAUGUGGAAAUUCCCAAGUUUGAGAGUAAAACUGGAGAGUUGGCACAUAUCUAUGAAAAUAUUGAUUUAAUUUGCCAAUCAUAUAGAAAUAUUGUUAACAAAAUUAGCAAUAUUAAAAACAAACCAAAAGUUGUUAGUAUUUUAACUGAAACUAAUGAACUUGAACGAAUAUUUUUCAAUUUCUUUGGUAAAGAUUUCUUCAAGGAUUAUAUUUGCUUACCAGUUGAAAAAGACGAGAGCCCUACUACACCCGCCAAUGUUGAUCUUAACGCCAAUUCGGAUUAUUCUGGAUCUCCACCAACUACGGAACAAGACCUCAUUAGACAUGAACAAUCGUACAUCAAAGUGAUUAAAUUCAUGACUUUUAUUCAGCUUCGAACUAAUCUUUCGUGUAUGUACUAUAUGAUUGCAGUACAUUACGAAAACAAAUACAAUGAAGAUAAGACACCAUCAAUGAGUGCUGGUAUUGAACUUUUCAAGAUUUAUAUCAAGAGUGUGGUCCAGCUUGUAUACAUCAUGUCAUAUGUUUUAGAUCAUUCUGUGGAGCUCUUUGGAAAAAAUUACGAUUAUAUCUUAACCUCAGUGAAUGAAAGAUGUAUGAUUAAAACUCAUAGUUUUUUAACAUCAUUUUUCAUCCGCUUACUUCAUCAUAUUAAAGAGUUAACUUUCAAAAGAAUGCAAAAUCCUAAUGACGAAGAGAUUAUGACAAGACUUGAAGUACUAGAGACACUUUUUUCAAUUGUCAUUGUCGAAUCUGAACUUUUCGUGGGGAAUUUCCGGAAACUAAGCAGCAAAUAUAUCAACUCCUAUAGAGUUUAUGUAAUGGUUUAUUUUGUCAUUCGUCAAUGUAUGGCAAAUCCAGAAAUAUUUUUCGAAAACUCGGAGAAGAUUGCAGGAUUAUACCAUGUGGGUACAAACAUGAUACAAUUCUUCACAGUUGCCGAAUUGGAACAUUUGUGCCGCAUGUGUGAAGAAUUCCGGAUAGCCAAGGAAGAGCAAAAUAAGAUUUACAAACAAAAGGACGGAAGCUCAACUUCUAAUAAUGAAGAGAAUACUCAAUUUCCCAUGGAUUCUGGAACAGGAUUAAUGGAGGUUUUACCAGGAAUGAUGGGCCACAACACAACAGCAUCGUUUGGAUCGACCCCAUUUGGAGGUGGAGAUACAUCAAUGUAUUCAGCUAUAAAUAAUUUUAUUCUAGGUGACAACCCAAUGAGUCAAAAUGAAGAUCUCAUCAAGCUAUUUGAUGUUUAUACUGAUCUUGAUCAAGAUUCCUUAGGUGCAUUUGGGUUUUAG